AUGAUGCAUUUCAAAAGUGGACUUGAAUUAACUGAGUUGCAAAACAUGACGGUACCUGAAGAUGAUAACAUUAGCAAUGAUUCUAACGAUUUCACUGAAGUAGAGAAUGGUCAGAUAAACAGCAAGUUUAUUUCUGAUCGUGAAAGUAGAAGAAGUCUCACGAACAGCCACUUGGAAAAAAAGAAAUGUGAUGACUAUAUUCCAGGAACGACCUCCUUGGGCAUGUCUGUUUUUAACCUAAGCAACGCCAUUAUGGGCAGUGGGAUUUUAGGACUCGCCUUCGCCCUGGCAAACACUGGAAUCCUACUUUUUCUGGUACUCUUGACUUCAGUAACACUGCUGUCUAUAUAUUCAAUCAAUCUGCUGUUGAUCUGUUCAAAGGAAACAGGCUGCAUGGUUUAUGAAAAGCUGGGAGAACAGGUCUUUGGCACCACAGGGAAACUUGUCAUCUUUGGAGCCACCUCCCUACAGAACACUGGAGCAAUGCUGAGCUACCUCUUCAUAGUAAAAAAUGAGCUACCUUCUGCCAUAAAGUUUCUAAUGGGAAAGGAAGAGGAAUUUUCAGCCUGGUACGUGGAUGGCCGCUUUCUGGUGGUGGUAGUUACCUUUGGCAUAAUUCUCCCUCUGUGUCUCUUGAAGAACUUAGGUUAUCUUGGCUAUACUAGUGGAUUUUCCUUGAGCUGUAUGGUUUUUUUCCUAAUUGUGGUUAUCUACAAGAAAUUUCAAAUUCCCUGUUUAGUUCCAGAGCUAAAUUCAACAAGUCCUAAUUCAACAAAUGCAGACAUGUGUACACCAAAAUAUGUUACCUUCAAUUCAAAGACCGUGUACGCUCUACCAACAAUCGCAUUUGCUUUCGUCUGCCACCCAUCGGUCCUGCCAAUUUACAGUGAGCUUAAAGAUCGAUCACAGAAAAAGAUGCAGAUGGUUUCAAAUAUCUCCUUUUUCGCCAUGUUUGUUAUGUAUUUCUUGACCGCCAUUUUUGGCUACUUGACAUUCUAUGAAAGCGUGCAGCCCGACCUCCUCCACAAGUAUCAGAGUAAGGACGACAUCCUUAUCCUGACGGUACGGCUGGCAGUCAUUGUGGCCGUCAUCCUCACGGUGCCCGUGUUAUUUUUCACGGUUCGAUCUUCCUUAUUUGAACUGGCUAAGAAAACAAAGUUUAAUUUAUGUCGUCAUGUCUUGGUGACCUUCAUACUCCUGGUUAUUAUCAACUUGUUGGUGAUCUUCAUACCCUCCAUGAAGGAUAUUUUUGGAGUCGUUGGUGUUACAUCUGCCAAUAUGCUUAUUUUCAUUCUUCCUUCAUCUCUUUAUUUAAAAAUCACAAGCCAAGAUGGAGAUAAGGGAACUCAACGAAUUUGGGCUGCCCUUUUCUUGGGUCUGGGGGUGUUGUUUUCCCUGGUAAGCAUUCCCUUGGUCAUCUACGACUGGGCCUACUCAUCAAAUGGUGACAAAGGCCACUGA